UAGAGUCUGUGGCCUUACAAUUUCAUUGCCCAACCCGCUGAACACAAUUUAGCUCACUCCUUAUUUGCCUCGCAAAGCUCGAGUCUCUGAACUAGACUCAUUUUCCACUCAUUUGUAUGGUCAUGAGAUGAUUUCAGAAGCUUACACCUUCUCGCCUGGCCCCAAAGCCCAGGCUCUUCCUCCUGUACUGCAAUCAAGCGUCCGGAUAUGGCGGCCCCCAUAGCGCCAUCGCGAGAUGGGCGCGGACACAUUGCCAAUGAAUACCAGAGGUCAAUUCGCGUUUUCUCCAGAACCUCAGAUCCUCAUUGGCCACCGUAGACCGAGCGGGACCAGCUUAGAAGUCGAACAGGUUCGCGGAAAUACGUUUGCGCUGGGUCUGGGCCAACAGUCCACAGGUCAUGAUGCCCCAGGAGCAGAAGAAUCAUGUGAAGCAGGAAGAAGCUGCAGGGUUAGGUCUUAGCAAUGCUGUGACACACCGGACUGAAGACAGAUUUCUGAGCAGAAAUUAGAGCAGCCCCAGCACACACCAACACAGAGCCUCCCUGCUGCCGCUCUUCAGAGGACAGAAGAAAAUGCAGGCUCAGAAACUCCUAAUUGGAUGAAUGCUUGGAUGAUUGAAUGCUCAAUUACAAAAUACAGGAGGGGGAAAUUAGAUUUACACUUGAAUCCCUGACAUUUCACGAUGUGGCCGUGGACUUCACCUGGGAGGAGUGGCAGCUCCUGGACCCCAUUCAGAAGGACCUGUUCAGGGACGUGAUGCUGGAGAACUACAGCAACCUGGUGUCAUUGGGUUACGAAGCUAGCAAACCAGACACCCUCUCCAAGCUGGAUCACGGAGAAGCACCGUGGACAAUGGCAGGUGAAAUCCACGGUCGAACCCGUUCAGAAAUAUGGAGACUUGAUCAGCUGCCAGAACACUUACAAAAUGAGAGCCUAGAACAAUGGCACAACUGUGACAUGAUUGAAAACACUGUCUAUCAGAGUACAGCCCAUUCUCUGUUACAACAAAACCAUAUGUUUGACUCACAUGGCAAAAGUAUGAAAUCAACUUUAUCUUUACUUAAGCAGAGCAGAAGCUGUCAAAUCAGGAUGCCCACUGAGCUUUCUGAAGAUGGGAAAUAUUUUCUCCAUACUAACAGUGAACAAAUUCAGGCUGAAAUAAAAUUCCACGAAAGCCGAAAACUCAGCAGCACUAAGUCCCAACGUAUCAAACAUCAGAAACCUCAGAAAAGAGAGAAAGCUCAUGUGUGCAGUGAAUGUGGGAAAGCCUUCAUGAAGAAGUCUUGGCUCACUGAUCAUCAGAUCAUUCAUACCGGUGAGAAGCCCCAUCAAUGUAGUGUGUGUGGGAAAGGCUUCUCCAGAAAGUUCAUGCUCACUGAGCACCAGAGAACACACACAGGAGAGAAACCUUAUGAAUGCUCUGAAUGUGGCAAAGCCUUUCUCAAGAAAUCACGGCUCAAUAUACAUCAGAAAACACAUACAGGAGAGAAACCCUUUAUAUGCAGUGACUGUGGGAAAGGCUUUAUCCAGAAGGGCAAUCUCAUUGUACAUCGGCGAAUUCACACAGGUGAGAAACCCUAUAUAUGCAGUGAAUGUGGAAAAGGCUUCAUUCAGAAGACAUGCCUCAUAGCACAUCAGAGAUUUCACACAGGAAAGACGCCUUUUGUGUGCAGUGAGUGUGGAAAAUCCUGUUCCCAGAAAUCAGGUCUCAUUAAACAUCAGAGAAUUCACACAGGAGAGAAACCCUUUGAAUGCACUGACUGUGGGAAAGCCUUUACCACAAAGCAGAAGCUCAUUGUCCAUCAAAGAACUCAUACAGGAGAGAGACCCUAUACCUGCAACGAGUGUGGGAAAGCUUUUGCCUACAUGUCUUGCCUUGUGAAACAUAAAAGAAUACACACAAGAGAAAAAUGUGGUGAUUCAGUCAAGGUGGAAAAUUCUCUCACAGAGAGUCCCAGCUCAUCCCAGACCAGUGUUGUCCUGCAGGAGAAAAACGCUGUUAAUGCGGUUACGAUGCAGGUGCCUUCUGUAGCCCCUCAGACAGCAUUAAACAUCAGUGGGCUCCUAGCAAACAGGAAUGUGGUCAUUGUGGGCCAGCCUGUGGCCAGAUGUGCACCCUCAGGAGGGUUUGCACAGGUCAGAAACCUUAUGAAUGCAGCGAGUGUGGUCUCGCCUUCAGUGAUCAAUUAUAUGUUGUUUUAUGUCACAGGAAACCAAUAGGAGACAUUCUAUGUGCAAAGAUUUGCUCAAAAAUAUCUAGUUCAGAUUAUUGGUGAAAAGUACAUCCUGAGAAAAAUUGUAUAAAUGCUGAAACUGGGAAGUCAUGAUAUUCUCAUCCUAUUAAAUGUAUGCAUUGACACUAAGGCAUACUCUGGUGUUAACCCAAACACAGACCUCAGUGGGUCUGUUGUGUCAAUUAAAGAAAUAAAAGAAGCUAUGUGGAGGCAAUAAGUGAAUUUUUAAAACAUAAACCUAAUUUGUAUCUGAAGUGAUGGUGAGUAAAAACCCCUGAAGGGCUAGUACUGGAUUGGUGGGAUAUUGCAUGUAUUUAUCAGUUCAGUUUCCCCAGGCCAGGGUGAAGGGUUGAUUCAAAAGGAGCAUAUCUACCAUAAACUCUCAGAAGUUUGUGUUAUCUAGAGGGACUUGUGAAACAGCAGCCUUAGCUUAAGCUGAUUCAUUUAUUUAUACUGUGUUUUGGUCAAAUACUUCCUUUGUA